UUGAGAAAAAUGAGAAAGGGACGGCCCUCUAGAAUUUCUUGACUUUUAUGAGCCCAAAUGCAACACCAAAUAAGCUAUUUACCCCAUUAAAACCAAUUUGUUAAAAGAAAAUGACAAAGUGACUAGAAGGGUUCGGUGAAGAUAAUGGCUCUACACCCACCAUCUCUUAAACAAGCCUCAAUCACUCCCCUGCCUCUUCCUUUGCCUUCCAUCCAUUUUUCUUCCCAAAAAACCAUGCUUGAUCCUGGCAAAGAACUGCCCAAAUCUUAUGUCAGUUCAUCGGAUAAAAUAGGAAGGAGAUUGAGUGAUAGUUAUGAUAGUUAUGAUCAUGCCAUGAAAUAUGAGUCUAGAGUGCAAAAGACUGCUCAAAAUUAUGCAAAUUAUAGGAGUUGCAACAGCAUGGAAGGGAGCUUUGGAGCUGAAACUUCCAUGAUAGAAGAUGAGUCUGGAUUUUCCACUCCUCCUUUAUGGAAAACUAGUCCUUCCAGGAGUCCUCUUGAUCCACAGAACAUUAAUUACAGAUGCCUAUCACCAUCAUCAAAAGCUCAAGCUAUAGCUAGAGGCCAAAGGGAGCUUAUGGAAAUGGUUAGUAGAAUGCCUGAGUCCUGUUAUGAACUUACCUUGAAAGAUCUUGUGGAGCAUCAACCUGUUGACGUUGUUGAACCAAAAAAGGAGAGUUUAGCUGAAGGGAGAGAUGUGAUCAAUGAAGAUGCAUUCAAGAGCGAGAAGGGGAAGAAGAAGAAGCAGAACAAUCCGAAACCGCAAAUUAAUAGAAGUGGGAGCAUAGAUAACGGAGGGUUUCUUCUGAAAAUGGUGCUUCCAAUUUCCUUGGGGUCUAAGAAAAAGAAGAAGAAGAAGAAGAAGAAUGAUUCGAAUACAAAUCAUAAUUCUAAAGUUUCUCCGAAGCCAACGGUGUCAGAUGCAUCUGAUAAGAGUGUAGAUAAAGAGUGGUGGAAGAAGAGAUCAGGUUCGAGUGAGAGUGAGAGUGGUGGAUCGACUAUAAACAGUGGAAGCGCCAAAAGCUGCCGCAGUAACAGCACCAGUAGCAGCAGCAGCAGCUGCAGGAGCAUCAGCGAUACCAGCCGCAGGCAUAGGAGGGGUGGUUGCUUGGCUUUCAUCCUUGCUAGGAAAAGCAAAGCAUCGCGGUAAAAGUGCAGCCUUCAGCCUCCUUUGAAAAUGGAGUUCAUGUGUAAUUAUCUUUCCAAUAAUGUUAAUGUUUGGGUACAGUGGAUUCAGGAGAUUGCAGAGAGAAGCAGAUAAGCCUGUGUAUGUUAAUAUUCAGAGAUUCUAAUUAGAGUGUUGUUUUUGUUUUUUCCCUUCCUACUUAAAUUGAAGAUCAAUCGUGAUUUUGCUUUCCAAGAUGCUGCAGUGAGCCAUUGUGUUAGAAAUUGAGAAAAUUUCCCUUUCUCUUAAUAUUUUGUUUAAUGGAUAUUAAGUUUAAUCUUAAUCAUACCAUUACCUUUUCAACUUCACCUUGGUGCAGUGGAAACCUCCACAGGCAUUUGGGCUGAAUCUAGUGUCAGGAAACUGAAAUCAUAUCACUUACAAUUUCUUGUAUUACAAUUAUGCAAUUAUCCAAUUAUAAUAAAAAAUUAUUGAAAA